AUGUCCUCUAAAUCUUUGUCUAGAUCACCAUCCAUUGAAGAGAUUGCGAAGAUAGACAAGAACUUGUUGAAACCUAAAAAUGGUUUCACCUUCAAAGAAGGAGCAUCAACCGGUACAGAUAGUAAUGUAGGCUUAACCCCUUUCUUCAAGAAGAACAUCAAAGAGUUGAAAUUACCAGUACCUUUAACGAUAUUCAACGAAGACUGGCAAGAAGAAGCUUGGCAGUACCAUGCAGAGAAGAAAGUUAAAAGCGAUGAAUCGACUAAAGCUCAAAACCUUUACUCAGGCUUACCGUACCCUCAUGAAUUCUCUCAAACUUAUAUGGCUUGGACAAUUAAUUAUCGUAAUUUUAUAAAAGCUAUUUGUUAUAAAUUUAAAUAUGUUAAAUUAGCAGAAUGGUUGGGGUUACAUAAAGAAAACGUAGAGAACAUUAGAGAGACCGAGUGUUGGAUGGUUGCUUUCAGAUACGAUUUAAAAUUAAGAUCUUUGUUGUUUACUGAGAAAGUGAUCUAUUAA